UGGUGAGUGUGACCACUCAUUCCAUAUGCUAUCGAUAGAGUAGGCUUGUAGCUUUUAUAUACACAUUUUAUCUGUUAAUUUCAUCUAAGGAGAAACUAACCAGCCAUGGAACCCAAAGGAGAAACGCAGUGGAGCUCUAUUAUAGUUCUUUCGGUUCAAGAGAUGGUGAAGGAGAAGAUAAUCACUACCGUUCCUCCUAGGUAUGUCCAAUCUGGAGUCGUUGAAGAUUCUGAUCUAUUAACCGAGAUCCCAAUCAUCGACAUGAAGCAGUUGUGUUCUUUUACCUCCAUGGACUCUGACUCCGAGGUUCAGAAACUCAACUUGGCUUGCAACGAAUUUGGAUUUUUCCAGCUUGUAAAUCAUGGAGUAGACCCAAGUUUCUUGGACAUAACAAAGUGUGAGAUUCAAGAUUUCUUCAACCUUCCCAUGGAAGAAAAGAAAAAGUUUUGGCAACAACCAAAUGAGAUGGAAGGUUUUGGACAAGCUUUUGUGGUUUCAGAAGAUCAGAAACUAGACUGGGCAGAUAUGUUCUUCUUUAUAGUGCAACCUGUUGAAUUACGCAAGCCUCACUUGUUCCCCAAGCUACAUCUUCCCUUUAGAGAUACAUUAGAGAUGUAUUCCGCUCAAGUGAAGAGUAUAGCUAAGAUCUUAAUAGCGAAAAUGGGGGAAGCCCUUCAGAUAAAACCUGAGGAAACUGAAGAUUUAUUUGGUGAUGAUAUGCUACAGAGUAUGAGGAUGAAUUACUAUCCUCCCUGUCCGGAGCCUCAUCAGGUUAUUGGUCUAACUCCUCAUUCGGAUGCGGUGGCCCUCACCAUAUUGUUGCAGGUGAAUGAAGUUGAAGGUCUCCAAAUCAAGAAAGAUGGCAAGUGGGUUUCUAUCAAACCGCUCCCAAAUGCUUUCAUUGUUAACGUUGGAGACAUCUUAGAGCUCCAAAGCUCUCAGACACGAGAAUCUAGGUACGCUUGCAGCCGCCACAUCUCGACAUCGGUGAGCCUCUGGCCGCCGGCGUCGAGCCUUCUUCCAUAGCUAUGUUCGUCAUCCGCUCCUCCUAUUCUUCAUAUCCACCGGGUUCGUGAGUUCGCCGAUCUGGUUCUCCGCCUUUGUCAACCUCUCUGCUCACGCCAGUGUAUCUCUUCGGAGAAAGCUUGUUGUUGUGAGCCGAAGCUCUUGUCUGUCUCUUUACGGAUCUAGUACUACUAGACCGAACAUUUUCUGGGGGGUUCCCCAAACCGUUGAGUUUCUCGCCGGUUACAGUCGCUGUUCUUCAUCAAUGUCGCUUUCCUGCUACGUCUAUCUAUCUCGCGACGAAUAUCCAUCCCGUUCUGGGGUCGACGCCUGUCAUCCAAACGGAACUGCGCCUCACCAGCCAGAUCCGUCACCAUCUCCGCCGCCUGCUUCCCCUGUCCUCUCGCCGAAGUUUCCCUUCCUCCACCGUGCUUCCUCCGUCGUACUCGCAAUAUCCCGACAAGGUCAUGUUUCUAUUUCUCUUGGGCUGGGCCUUCAUGUAUUGAAAUUGGGCUUUGUGAGUCCAGUGGUGUUUCACUGAAAUCUUUACUGAAGCCGUUCUACAUACAUCUUAUCUCUCUUGUGCGAAGGGUUUAUCAGGAUCAUCUUCAUCAACAUUCACCUCUUUCUCUUUGGAGAAGAGAACCAUUUUAUCCACUAUAUCCUUUUUAAGGAGUGUUUCCCUUCCAAACGUUAAAUGGAAGUGUCCACUCAUAUCUAUAACCGUCUUGCUAUCUUGCGUAGCGGUCUGUUCGGAGCCUGAAGAUGCAUCGGACUUUGUUUCGACGAUAUUCCGAGGUGCGGAUUGGGUGUUACGUCACAAUAUAAGGUGACUAGUUCUCUGCUGUCCGACCAUGUCGUGAAAGCUACAUUGACGUAUUCAAGCAUCGUCUUGAGUUCGUUGUCAUCUUCUUCUUUUGAAGACCUAUCCAUUUUAUGUUAUGCUGUUAUAGUUUAUCUUUUUAAUCAAAGAGGAUGGAUAAUUCUCUCUAUCUUUUGUAGGCAAGCAAGUUAAAGUUAAUGAAAGAAAAUUGUGUUCAAAAAAAAAAAAAAAAAA